GCACAGGUCCGUGUAGUCACUGUGGGAGAGAGAGACAUAAGCGGACAGUGUGUGUGUGUUUGUGUGUGCGCGUGUGCGCGUGUGUGUGCGUGAGAGAGAGAGGGAGGGAGGCAGAAAGAGGCGUGAGAGAGAGGAGGGAUCGCGCACAGAUGUCAAACGCAACUCGGGAGGACUGGCGGGACAGAGGGAUGCUGCUGGUCACUAGCAGCUGAAUCAUCUUUAAUUACAUCGCAGAGUCAUACAGUUUGAGUCAGGCAGUCCCGAUCGUAGCCGAACCCCCCCCCACCCACACACACACCUGGACUUGGACACCUCUCUGGACCGCGGAGGAGACGGGCUGGAUGCCAUGGACUCCGACACGGAGGCAGAGAAGGAGGCGAGGAGGAAGAUCCAGUUCUCCGUGCCUUCCCCUGUGCCCACCCAGCUGGACCCGCGACAGGUGGAGAUGAUUCGACGUCGGAGGCCGACACCAGCCACGCUCUUCAGAUUGACAGACCCUCCGUCACCAGAGGAGGAACUUGGCCCUCAAAAGUGGGUUCUGGGAGAAAAUGGAGCCUUGAAAGCCAAACUGGUUCAUGCGUCGACCUACCAGCCGCCUUCACUUAAAGCGGUUCAGAGGAUGGCCCAGGCACACCUGGCCUCCCUAGACAUGUCUUCUGUGGACAAAGAAGAGCCCUCUUCUGAGGAGGAAGAGGAGGAGCGCGUUAAGAGCCGGGAGACAGAAUCAGCUAAGGAUCCGAGAGAAGAAAGUGAACCGACAGACAGUUUGACAGGAAGGUCCAGUAUCAGCCGGCACCAGGGAGGCGGGGAGGAGGCCAAAGGAAGAGAGGAAGGAAAGGGGGAAUGACAUAUGAAGAGGACUCAGAUGGACACAGAGCGUUCGUGAGGAAAAGACUUGCGUAGCGCACAUAGGGACCAUACGUGUGCGUGCAUGGGUGUACGUAUGAGUGUGUGUUAUUUUGGUCUGUGAGUGUGUGCAUGCAUGCGGCAAAAAGACUUCAAUGUGGAAAAAAGUAAGAGAGAGGAAACCAGAUGGGUGUUGGGGAAGGUCGGAAUAUUAAUGAGAGGGUAUGAGGAAAAGUUUGACCUGAGACUUGCGAAGGAGAUCACGUCUCGGGUCGGUCGAGGAAACCAGGGCUUUUAAUUCUCAUCAGCCAAGGACACCGCACAAGAACUGUGAGAAGUGCUAUGAACUGAGGCGUUGUCUCAAACAACUAGAUCUUUUUUUUUUCAGCAGGAUUCAACAGAAUUCUGACACUUGCUCCUUGGGUAAUUUUUCCUGAAAACUAUAUCCACGUGUGAAGAAUUUUAAAAUUGCCUAUAGUCAGAUGAUGUACAGGGCAUGUUGCUUUGAGAAACUGGUGCUAAAACACACCUCUCAAGAACAAUCACAGAGCACAGACGAUGCACACAGCUCAGCUAUAUACCUUCUAAUGCAUAUUUUACAAACAUGUAACAUUCAAUUUUAUCUGUAAUGUGAUGGUCAAAGUGAAUUAAAAUGCUCGACGGACCUGA